AUGAUAAACAGCGUUAGUCGACGUAAUGAGGCUUUACAGAGUCAGUGGGAAGAAAUGAAGGAAGUUGAUAAAGAGCUGCAAGCGAUAAUUCAAAAAAUAAAGGAUUAUCAAAAAGAAGUAAAUAACCAUUACGCUGAAUUACAUCACAAACAUCAAAGCCUUUAUGAAGAUUAUAAGGACAAGAGAGAGCAAUUAAUACAAAUCCGUGAAAGUUUAAUCGGACAGAUGUAUAUAUCCGAAACUCGCUGCAUGGUAAAGUCAGCAAAAAAUCAAUUUGAGAAAUUAUUAAAGGACUAUCAUGCAUUCAAUAACGAGGUCGUUGUAUCUGAGCUAACUUUGGAAAUUGGAAAACACCAACAAGAACAUAUUUUUACUGAUUUGUUUGAGCAACUACAAGUUUAUCGCAAUGCUUUAAUGGCUAAAUGGAAUACCAAUUUAGACAAAUUUUGCAGUACGCUUGAUUCACCUUUUUUUUCUAAUCAAGAAAUAUUCAUAAGACAAGAUACAAACGAGAAUGAAAAUAGCUACGAUACAGAUUCCGUUCAAAAUUCCGCUGGGGAUGACACUUCUACUAUUAGAUCUGAUCAAUCGCCUAGAUUGGGUAAAAACGAUAAGCUAGCAUAUGUACAGGCCGAGCCGACGUCCAAUUUGAGAUUAACUAAUGUGAAUACUAAUACAGAGGGACUUGAAUAUUGGAACAAAAAGAAAUUAGAAAAGGAAUUUCCAUCGACAGAAAAUUCCGAUAGUCUUUAUGAUGACUACAAACUGACUGCAAGAUAUUUUAAUAAACAUAUCUAUGACCCUAUUAUAUCCCCAAGGCAAGAGGAAUCGCCUUACUGGAAUCGUCAAGAUUUAGUUCUGGCAAUACAACGCAGCCAAGAAGCAAAUAGACUGGGAGUUAAGAUUAUUUCGCUGUUAAGUUCUUUAUCCAUCAACGAUUUCACUCUUUCUUCAUUAAAGGAAUUGUGA